AUUACAAACAUUAGUUUGCUAGCCCUAUAUAACAAUAUAUGUGUGUGUAAGGAAGUCAUUUGACAAACUCUAGUUUCAAAACCCUGGCUAAAAUGGGAGACAAAGAUGAUCACGGAACACACUACUCCACCAGCAUCACGGCGAGCAACAGUUCCAGGCUAGCAAUAAUGGAGCUUGCAAAUAUGAUCAGCGUCCCAAUGUCACUUAACGCCGUGGUUCGUCUUAAUGUGACUGAUGCCAUUUGGCAAAAUGGCACAAACCCCCUCUCGGCUUCGGAGAUUCUAUCUAGUAUUCUGCCAGCCAGCACUGGAGACGCCGAAAACCUCCAGCGUAUUCUUCGUUUGCUCUCGAGUUAUGGUGUUUUUAAUGAGCAUCUUACCUCUACUGUUGAUGCUACCCAGCCAAUUAGAAGGUACUCACUAACAGACAUUGGGAUGACGCUAGUAACCAAUGAAAACGGUUUAUCAUACGGUCCAUACGUUCUACAACACCAUCAAGAAGAGCUAAUGAAGGCAUGGGCAGUGGUGCACGAGGCGGUAGUAGAUUCGUCAACUGAGCCUUUUGUGAAGGCCAACGAAGGCAAGACCGCAUACGAAAUCUAAGGGAAGAAACCCGAGAUGAAUGAUUUGAUGCAAAAAGCAAUGUCCGGAGUAUCGGUUCCCAUUAUGAAUACAAUUUUAGAAAACUACGACGGGUUUAAGGGUGUCAAAAGAUUGGUGGAUGUAGGUGGAAAUGCAGGGGAUUGCUUGAGGAUGAUUUUAGAAAAAUAUGACAAUAUUAAAGGUGUUAACUUUGAUUUGCCUGAAGUUAUUGCAAAAGUCCCAAAAGUUGAUGGUGUCACACAUGUUGGUGGUGAUAUGUUCGAAUCUAUUCCAAAGGGUGAUGCAAUUUUCACCAAGUGGGUUCUAACGACAUGGACAGAUGACGAGGUCAAGAAAAUCAUGAUCAAUUGUUUCAAAGCGAUUCCAGUUGGGGGUAAGCUCAUUGCUUGUGAGCCGGUGUUGCCAGACAACACCGAUGAUGAUAAUAGUCAACGCACCAGGGCGUUGCUUGAAGGUGACAUCUUUGUCAUGACUAUUUAUCGUGCUAAAGGGAAACACCGGACUGAAGAGGAGUAUCGUCAACUCGGCAUUUCAGCUGGUUUCACUAGUUUCCGAGCUAUUUAUAUAGAUUAUUUUUACACUCUGCUUGAAUUUGGAAAAUGACUACACAACAUAAAGUGUGUCGAAAGCAUGUGUCUUCAAUUUUUUGUUUUUCAUUCACCAUGUAUGGUUACGUGUAUUUCGGUGGCAUUUCUGCGUUAUCAAUCCGUUUGCAACAAUAGGCCAAAAUAUAUGCAAAAUGACGAAUUUGAUACAACAA